AUGGGAUUUAAGGAGAUUUUUAACCUGGCCCGGAUGCCCUCCAUUCUAUUGCUGGGAGCGGUCUAUGUGGCCUACGUUCUGAUUGGUGGAGUGAUUUUCUGGAAACUAGAAGGGGAACUCGGAAGAAGAGACAUUCGACAUAUAAUUGAACGAGAACAACGUCUGCUUCAGAAGUUCCAUUGUCUGAAUCAAGAAAGUCUGCAGGAAGUCGCUGAGGUCGUCCAAGAAGCGUCAAAAGCAGGUCUCAGUCUGAAAGGAAACCGCUCCACGGACGGUUUCUGGAAGUUCACCACAUCUGCUGUGUUCGCGGCGACUGUCGUGACCACGAUCGGAUAUGGAAACAUUAGCCCCCGCUCCACAAGCGGACAGAUCUUCUGUGUGUUUUUCGCUCUCUUUGGAAUCCCUCUCAACAUCGUAGUUCUGAACCGAGUUGGAAAGUACAUGCUCGCAAUAGAGAGGAACAUCUCGGACUUUCUCGAAGGCAAAAUCAACAAAAAAGGGAGAAAGAUUUGCAUGCGCUUCUCCGUCCACUUUGUUUCAUACGUUAGUGGAGCAGUCCUUUUCUUUGUGGUGCCGAUGUUGGUUUUCCAAAAUCAAGAAGGAUGGACGUUCUCAGAGGCCAUUUACUACUGCUUCAUCUCCCUCAGCACCAUCGGCUUCGGGGACUUUGUGGCAGACAACAACCCGGAGCGGUACUACCCAGACUGGUACAGCAUCCUCACAGCCUGCUGGAUCUUCUUCGGCCUCGCCUGGCUGGCUCUGGUCAUCAACCACUCCAUCGAAAGUCUGGAGCGAAUCAACAACCACCUGAAGGGACUGUGGGCCAGCAAGAAGAUGGAGGAAGAGUCAGCUCAGGGCGAGGAAGACCACCCCGAGACCCAGACGGAGGAAGAGGACGAAAAGUAA